UUCCGUUUAUAUUUUCUUUUCAUAAUGGCCAGUCUUGAUUAUUCAUUUGUAGCACCACUUAUUUUAUGGUCUAUUGUAACAAUAAAUGCUGCUGUAUUUUGCUUUAUCAAGAAGCCAUUCUACAAAUUGCUUGUAAUUCGUGCUACUUUUAUCCCUGUUAUAUUUGGAUUACUGUGUCAAAUCAUGAAUGCCUUAAUAGAUACGGAAUAUGCUAGUAUAUUUUCCAAAAUAAACACUUGCAGGACUAUUUUUGACAUUAUCAGUCGAUCAUUUGGGCCUGCGCCCGGACUGAUUGCCUACCUACUCAUGUCGAGAAAAAGGGGUAACAAAGCUGGUGUAUGUAUUGCUUACUUGGGGUGUCUGUGGAUUGUUGUCUUGAUGGUUGCUAGCUUUGUGGUUUUGCUGAUACAUAAACGGGGAAGUACUUUUAAAGAUAGUACAUAUGACUUUGUGUAUUGCGGACAGCUUGGAUUUGCUAUUGUCUUUGUGGUUUUGAUCCUGAUGCAUCGAAAUACAUUACAUGGAGCAGCAAAUAUCAGCCUGAUUGCUUACAGCAUCCUGCUUAUAUUGUCAGAAACAUUUAAAGUGGUCUUAUAUCUUGUUUAUUUUUUAAAGGCAAUCGAUCAGUAUGUUAUCCAACUGAUCUUUGUUGAAUUUACAAUGACUUUGUCUCUCUUGCUUGCAGUUUUUUUUGGUCCUUUUUGGACAAAUUAUACACCUUUAGAACGCAAAGAUAAGGACGAAGGAGACACUGACGCUGACGAGGACAAAUUUGAAGAUAUAAGCGAGGAUAAUUCUACAGACAGCUGUUUUGUUAUGUAAUCAAUGACAGAAUAAGAUUGUAAAACACACACACACGCACACAUUAAAUUACAUUCAAACCAAAACUUAUUUAGUAUAAAGACCUG